UGCCUAGGACAAAUCUUCCAGGAGAGUUUUUAAAUGAUCUGGGGCAAGCACUCCAGUAACCUCUACAUGCCAUCAAAUGAAAGAUCACUUCUAGCUCAGACUUCCAGGAUGCUAGUGGGUGUGUAAGGGCUAGCACAAAAACUCUUGCAAAGAGAUAUUAUAGCCUAUGAACUGGGCAGCCAAAGAGUUCUCUGAAGUAGCAUGGUUUUGUCUGGACCAGUCUUUUGUGACUCUAGCCACAAAUGACUCCUAUGUGAAAGGAGCGCUGGUACUUGGUUCAUCCUUGCAACAGUAUAGAACAACAAGGAAGCUGACUGCACUCAUAACUCCUCAGGUCUCAGAUCUUAUGAGGAGAGUGCUGGAAAAAGUCUUUGAUGAAGUCAUAUUGGUAAAUGUCUUGGAUAGUGGGGAUUCAGCACACUUGGCGUUAAUGAAAAGACCUGAGUUGGGUGUCACACUAACAAAGCUUCACUGCUGGGAACUGACACAGUUUUCAAAAUGUGUUUUCAUGGAUGCAGACACAAUGGUUUUGUCAAAUAUAGAUGAGCUUUUUGAGAGAGAAGAGCUAUCUGCAGCACCAGAUCCAGGCUGGCCCGACUGUUUUAAUUCAGGAGUUUUUGUUUACCGACCUUCCAUUGAAACAUACAGUCAGCUGUUGCAGUUUGCCACAGAGAAAGGCAGCUUUGAUGGUGCAGAUCAGGGGUUAUUAAACACCUUCUUCAGCAGCUGGGCAACAACAGACAUGAGCAAACAUCUACCGUUUAUUUAUAAUUUGAGCAGCACUUCUGUAUAUUCCUACCUUCCAGCAUUUAAAGCGUUUGGUGCAAAUACUAAGGUAGUGCAUUUCCUGGGAAGCACAAAGCCGUGGAACUAUACAUAUGACUCCAGAACAAAAAGCAUAAAGGGCAACAUGGAUGACCCUAAAAUAGUUCACCCAGAAUUCCUCAACAUGUGGUGGGAUACCUACAUAGCUGAUGUUUUACCAUUACUAGAACAGCAUGGAAUUGUUAAAGAAAUUACUCCAGGGGUAAAUAUGCUAUCGGGCUUGGUCUAUACUCUGGCUUUCUCUUGUGGCUUCUGUAGAGAGGCAGAAGUUACAGAGGCAGUGUCCCACGUAUCAGUAUCACCACUAUUACCAACUGAAUCUUCAGAAGAACGCAAGGAACGGUGGGAGCAGGGCCAAGCUGACUAUAUGGGAGUGGAUUCCUUUGACAACAUCAAGAAGAAACUUGAUACCUACCUUCAGUAGAAGUGCCUGUCUCAAACAGUGGUGAUGCAAGGACUUGUUCCAGAACUAACAGCUAGAAAGGUAUAGAUGGUGGUCAGUUACACUUGCUAGUAGCUUGAGGAAAAACUUCUUGGCUGAAGGCCUCUGCAGUGCUACAGAUGAAGACUGAGCAAAAGCUAGGAAGCAGAAUCCUUGGGCCACCUAUUACUGCCCAAUUUCCAAUUCUCCAUACUAGAUAAAGCCAGGUAUUUUCAGCUUAAAAUUUCUUCUGUUUUGAUCAAUUGGCUCAACAUAUUCUUUAAACUGGGUUUGUUACCUCACCUCAUUAGGUGAUUAGCAUUGAUUCCUUUGCUUGCUGUUUUAGAUGUAAAAUCUAAUUCAUGGGAUUGCUCAUACACUGGAGUGGUAGCCAUUCUGCUUUACCAUAAAUGUAUUAAUGACACUGGGAUACAUACAUGUAACAGUAAUAGCACUGCUUUGCUCUUCCAGUCACAAUUGCACUGAAAUUUUGACCAGGUUCUUACGCACAGUGCCUGCAGCAUGGCAGAAUGCGUUUUUCAGUUCUGUAUACUAUGGGACUAGUAAACUGAGUUUUAUCUGUUCCUUGCAAUGUUGCACUUGAUAUAAAAAUAAAAAGUUGUCAUGCA